UUAGUGGGUUAAUUGUUCGGCCGUUUUUCGGUAUUUUGGCAGAUUGUUUUUAUCGGUAAAGUUGGAAAAAAGAUCGGCCGAUUUUGCCGAUCGGCCGAUUUUCGCGGCAAUUAUGGGUAAAUCGGACAAUCUUUUUACCGAUAAAAAAAAUCUGUGCAUGAGCAGUGACCUGCAAGAGAAAGACAAAAAGAAGAAGAAAAAGAAGAAGAGGAUGAAGAAGAAGAGGAAGAUGAUGAAGAAGAAGAGGAGGAUGAAGAAGAGGAUGAAGAGGAAGAAGAAGAAGAGGAUGAAGAAGAGGAUGAAGAAGAAGAGGAAGAAGAAGAGGAAGAAGAAGAAGAAGAGGAUGAAGAAGAGGAUGAAGAAGAUGAAGAAGAGGAUGAAGAAGAGG